CCAAAAAAAACGAAAAAAUGAUGAACACAGCCUAUUUUGAUCAUUCAACAACAGCGAAUGGUUUUUAUAAUGCAGCAGCCGCAGCUGAAGCACAUCAAGCUGCAUAUCGUAGUUUUUCACAAUCGGCUGCAUUAUCAUUAAUGCCAACAGCGGCUGCUGCUGCCGCUGCUGUUGCUGUUUCAGCAUCAGGAUCAUCAACAUCAUCAUCAUCCGCAUCAUCAGGAUCAUCAUAUCCAUCAUCAUCAUCACAACAACAACAACAGCAACAAACAAAUGGUCAAUCAUUAAUUAAUAAUGGUUUACUUACUAAUCAUGAUCUAGUAACAACAAGUUAUGUUGAUGCUGCAUGUAAAUUAUAUGGUACAACCGAUGGUAUAACAAAUAAUGCAGCUGUAGCUGCGGCUGCAGCAGCAGCCGCAUUCAAAUCAAUGGAUUCACCAACAACAUCGACAACGAAUACGAAUACCAAUAAUAAUAAUAAUAAUAAUAAGAAUGAUAAUACGAAUAAUUCAUAUAAAUCAUCAUCAACAGCUGAUAAUCAACAUCAUUCGCAUAGUAGUAGUAGUAGUAGUAGUCAUCAUCAUCAUAAUAAUCAUCAUAAUAAUAAUAAUAAUAAUACACAUCAUCAUUUAUCACAUCAUCAAAUAGCCAAUGCAUGGCAAUCAUCAUUACGUCCAUCACCAUCAUCGGUUGUUGUUGCAUCAUCUCAAUCUAAUCAUAAUAUUAUUGGCAAUAAUAUUGGUGCCGGUAAUAAUGUUGGUGGUAAUUUAAGCGGAAAUAGUGGUGGUGGUGGUGGUGGUGUUGCUGGUGGAUUAAUGUCAAAUACCGGUAUGGAUGCAAUGGCAAUGCGUUCAUCAUUUGAUGCAGCUGCCGCAGCAGCAUGUCAACGUUCAGUUGUUACUGAUGCUUGGUCGGCAGCUUGUUGUAAUGCAAACGCUAUGAAUUCGGCUGGUGGACCAAAUUCUUUCUAUCCUUGGAUGGCUAUUGCAGGUCUAGCCGGUGCCACUGGUUUACGGCGUCGUGGCCGUCAAACAUAUACCCGUUAUCAAACAUUAGAAUUGGAAAAAGAAUUUCAUACAAAUCAUUAUCUAACACGUAGACGACGUAUCGAAAUGGCACAUGCAUUAUGUUUGACUGAACGACAGAUAAAAAUUUGGUUCCAAAAUCGUCGUAUGAAAUUGAAAAAAGAAAUACAAGCAAUCAAAGAGCUUAAUGAACAGGAAAGACAGGCGCAAGCAUCAAAAAUGAAACAAGAAAAUGGUGAUAACCAUUGAUCAUCAU